GACGGGGAGAGAGAGAGAGAGGGUGUGAGAGAGAAGAGCCAUAGAUCUCAUACUUGUGAUAAAUCUGCUUCUUGCGGAUUUCACGGCUACAAGGCAGUAUAUAAAACGAACGGAGAGAUAGAGCAGAAGCGGUUAAAGAACAACAAGAGAGAAGGGAAGAGACGGAGAGAAGAGAGGCGCUUGAACGCUCUCUCUCUUCCAACCGAAAACCUCUCCCAGAUUCUUCAAAGGGUGUCAAAGUCCUUUGUAGAUCCUGGUAGAGGGAGAAAAAAAGGAACAAACAAUAAUCGGUUUGGUUAUAUAUCUGUCUCUCUUCCCCCUGCGUCAAUAAUGCCAGGGGAGUUCCCUCGAUUUCUCUAUUGUUUCUGAUCUAGACGGCUAUCUAUCUCUCUUGCAUUUCUCGAUUUCUGGGAUCUUGCAAAAAUCCGCCUUUGCUUCUCCUUCCUCUGAAUCCUGGUUUUCUUUUUCUCUCUUGGAUUUGGAUCGAUCUUUCUUUCUUCAACGUCUGAUUGGUUGGUUUGGGCCCGAGAGACAUCGUGAUUGGGAUGACGAUGUACGAGCUGAUAAAAGGAGAGGAGAAGGAUGCCGGAAUCGGGGAUCCCAACAGAAACUUGCUUACCAUCGAAGGAAGAGAGUGUUUUGAGAAAGACAUCGAACUAGGACGCCAGAAUUCAAUGUUAAAGCCCAAUGCCGGAGACGCUAAUAAAGCCACCGCUGUUCUCGCCGCCGGUGGAGAAUCCGUUUCCAAGCGCCGCCUUGUCUCGCUGGACGUCUUCCGUGGAAUCACAGUCGCGCUAAUGAUUCUUGUCGAUGAUGCUGGUGGAAUGUUUCCAUCAAUCAAUCAUUCACCGUGGGAUGGUGUAACGCUUGCAGAUUUUGUCAUGCCAUUUUUCUUGUUCAUUGUUGGACUAUCACUUGCACUUGCGUAUAAGAAAUUGCCAUGCAGAAUUGAUGCAACCAAGAAGGCUGUACUCCGUGCACUGAAGCUAUUCGCUGUUGGUCUUGUGCUCCAAGGAGGUUAUUUUCAUGGUCUAAACAAUCUGACUUAUGGAGUUGAUAUAAAUCAAAUUAGAUGGAUGGGUGUCCUCCAGAGAAUUGCAAUAGCAUAUCUGUUAUCUGCGCUGUGUGAGAUUUGGAUCAAGGGAGACGAUAAUAUUGAUUCCGGAUUGUCCUUGUUGAAGAAAUAUCGGUAUCAGUGGAUGGUGGCUUUUGUCCUUACUACGACAUACCUUACCUUGUUAUAUGGAUUAUAUAUUCCCGACUGGGAGUAUCAAAUUUUCAAUGGAAGUUCAUCUGCUGCACCGAAGAUAUUUUCAGUGAAAUGUGGAGUGCGAGGUGACACAGGACCUGCUUGUAAUGCUGUCGGAAUGAUUGACCGUAAAAUACUGGGUCUUCAGCAUCUAUACAAGAGACCAAUCUAUGCACGAACAAAGCAAUGCAGCAUCAACUCGCCAGAUUAUGGCCCACUUCCUCCUGAUGCUCCCUCAUGGUGCCAAGCCCCAUUUGAUCCCGAAGGACUGUUGAGUUCAGUGAUGGCCAUUGUUACUUGCUUGAUCGGGUUGCAUUAUGGGCAUAUUAUUGUGCAUUUUAAGGAUCACAAGGAAAGAAUCUUUCAAUGGAUGAUCCCUGCCUCGGGUCUUGUAGUUACAGGCUUUGUCUUGGAUUUUUUUGGAAUGCAUCUGAAUAAAGCCCUGUACACAUUUAGUUACACUUGUGUUACAGCCGGUGCAGCUGGCAUUCUCUUUACUGGAACUUACGUGCUGGUUGAUGUCUAUGGCUAUAGGCGCCCAACUAUGAUACUGGAGUGGAUGGGGAUGCAUGCUUUGAUGAUUUAUAUUCUUGCAGCUUGCAACAUCCUGCCAGUUCUCCUUCAGGGAUUCUACUGGAAAAAGCCUGAAAACAACAUCUUGAGGCUUAUUGGAAUCGGAUCAUGAUGUGGUCAACAAGUGCUUAUUUGGCUCUCUCUCUCUCUCUUCUUUAUAUAUAUAGCAUCGCAAUAACUUCGGGAAAAAAAAUGCCUCCCAAUUUUUUUUUUGAUGGGGAGGGAAAAGAAUCUGGGUUCCAGUUUUUCUACACGUGGAGGCAAUGGCAUGUUUUCUCUUACUAAUCCUGCAAUCUUUUCUUUUACCUCUUUAUCCCUUUUCCCUGAGGGCUGGCUUCCCUAGUGCCCCCCUCAUCUUACACUUUCUGCGAGUUUUUGUAUAGAGCUGAGAAUUCAGCUAAACUGGCAUAUUUUUAUAGAAAGAAUAUAUACUAGUAAUUUUAGUGCAAGACCACACAUUAUUCGAGCA